UGUUCAUACAACUCUCUUCUUUAAUUUCAUAACUGCUAUGCAACUCUCAACUUACUUUUGCAGGUAUAUCCACUUUGUUAAACGAAAUUUCAAACCAAUCCUCACCAAGGAGGCUGAAAAGGUCAUUUCGAGCUAUUAUCAAUUACAAAGAAGAUCUGCGACGCAAAAUGCAGCAAGGACAACUGUGCGUAUGCUGGAAAGUUUAAUACGACUAGCUCAAGCACAUGCAAGAUUAAUGUUCAGAAAUGAGGUCACAAGAUCAGAUGCCAUCACUGCCAUUUUAUGCAUCGAAUCAUCAAUGACUGCGUCAGCAAUAGUGGACAGCGUUGGGAAUGCCCUGCACUCAAAUUUCACUGAACCCUGACCAAGAAUGUAUCCUUGCCACAAUUUUGCACGUAGAAACACACAUAUCAACACACAUGCAUUUGAAAAAGAGAUGGCAUGUAAACAUACAUUACAUGCAUAGAUGAGAAAUUAUGUAAUGGAUUGAGAGUGAUCAAUAAUUAUAUUCAUAAUGUUAAUGGAUUUACCUGGCUAUGUAUUUGCUCUAAUUAAAUGCACCAGAUGCUGGGCAUUUAAAUCAUAGUGUGGGACUUUUGGGUGGUCUGCUGCUUGUUAAAGACAUAAUUUGUAAUUAGUAUAUAUUCAUAUAUAGUUAUUUUGAGUAUUUUACUAAUACCUGAAGGAAUUUUAGGUCACUAUUGUGGUUGUUGUAGUGCCUGAAGGGCUUCCCUUA